CUGGUAACGCACGAGUGAGGAGAAGCCACGUAAUCAAGAUGCAGAUCUGAAAGGUACGAGAGACACGUGUAAGUGAUCGGAAUUGAAAAACCAAAAUCAGGGGGUGUAGGGUGACACACGUGAUUCCUCUCCCUCUCUCUCACUUUCCCUAAUUUCCAAUCCAAGGAGGAUGAAGAUAAGCUCGACGGGCAGAAGCGGAUGAGAGAGGAACCCACUUUCGUAAAUUCAAGAAAUUGGGACUCCCACAUAAUAAUCAUAAUUAAAGCCAUGAACAUUCCCAGCAGCGCGCCUUAAAGCCACCGCCAUUUUCAUUCUCAGAUCUGUCGCUGCUCCUGCUGCUUUGUACGGCUCUCCCCCGUCUUCUCCCUUCUUUAUGGCUGUGUCCGACACGGUUGUCGGAAAUCUCACAACGAUCUACGUGGCGGUGAUCGCCGGCAUCAAAGCCUACGGCCUUGUGUGCGGGCGGAGCUUCAGCGGUGGGUUUGUUGUGAUUGUUUCAAGCACCGUGGUGGGCCUCGUGCUGGUCGCCACGCUGACGUGGGACGUAUCCCGUAAGGUCACGUACGCCUUCACGCGCUAUCACGGCGGUCACCAUCAUUCUCACAGUCAUGCCCAUGAGAUGUGCAAGGGCGGCAUCUGUUGGCACGGCGUGGCCGUGCGAUCCACCGCUUCUCAGGUCCGCUUCAGGCUUCCCCGUCAGAUUCCUUACGCGACUCUGUAAAGCAAGUUCAUAAUCCGGUAGAAGAACAAUAUGAUGGUUUUUGUUUUUUUCCUCAUGUAAAAAGCAUAUAUAUAUAUAUAUAUAUAUAUAUAUUUUGUCUAGAAUUGUGGGUUUUGUUGUAAAGGUAAGCAUCCAGUGAAGGAAGAGGGGUCGAGGUGUAUGGUGGUUUUGAUUAGAGUUCAGAGCUUAAAUUAUAUGGUUGUGAUGUAUGUAUUGAUCAUGGAAACGGGAAUAUUAAAUUAUGUGCGUAGAUGUAUAUGAACGGAGGAAAACGGGAAAGGUGCAUUAGUUUUAUUUUGGUUGAUCUUCGGCGUCGGAAGCUCUUUACUCUGCGUUUUGGGGAUCAUCAAUAAUUCUUGUUUAUUUUACUAGUAACUUGACGCCCACAGCCUCCAGCUUGCCGAACAAGUGGGUGAGACAAGCCGUCUGAAACCGCUUGAGCGCUGAAUCCUUUAGAGCAGAUUUCUUAGUUGACAAUAACCUCCAAACGUACGUGGCUGAUGCACCAUUUGAAUCAGAAGGACCCUCAUUGGAUUAUAUCAUAACACUUGGGAUUGCUUGCUGGAGACUUAGGGGUUCAAGGAAUGUGAGAUUAUUGUCCGAUGAAGGAGUGAGUGUUGAGCCUAUCUCUAAAAGCAUACGAGCGAUGGUUGACUCGAUCAAGAAGUUGACGGGGUCGUUCAAAGCCUCACCCCUGAUAGCCGUUACACUGAUCAGCUCAUAGCUUGGUCCAAACCACCACCACACUGGAUUAAAAUUAUUUGUGAUGGAUCUCAAAACGCUAGCAAGACUAGCUCUGCUGCGGAACUUCUACAUUAUGAGAAUGAGAUCUGGCUUGCCGGUAUUUGUAGAAUUGCUGGUCACGGCAACAGUGUUCGGGCUAAGCUAUGAGGUGUUUAUGAUGGCCUUCAAUUCGCUUGGUAAAACGGCUGCAAGCAUGUUCCUCUUGUUUCUAACAGCAAAACGAUCAUUAAGAUGCUCACCAGCGAGAGCAUGACCUGCCUAAUGCUGACUCUCGUUUUCUCAGAAGCAUUAAAAGGAUGCUCCGACAACAUUGUCAUCCCAAGUCACGUACAUCGGGAAGCCAAUCGACGGGCUGGUCACCUUGCAAAUCAUGCCUUAUAUAUCCAUGCAGCUUGGAACUCAUCAAAUUUUGGAUCCGCCUCAGUACAUUCUUCGAUCGUUUAUUGCCGGAAGACGUUGAGGAAUUUGCUUUACCCGUCGUUGAUUUGUUAAUUA